AUGACAGCGGGUAUUUACGAAUGAAUGGACAGACGGUCAUGAUGAUUGGGGGAUACACCUAUGAAGUCAGGUAUUGUGAAAAUGUUAGGGAUAUAGUUUAUACAUUCCAUCUUUUGAAAUAUUAUCAACAUUUUAGGUAUGCAAAGUCCGGGUAAACGGCGGGAGUUUAUGAGAGUUGACAAGCGAAAGUUUGCAUGCAACUUUUGAUCAACUCUUUUGAUUAGCAAAUUGUGGUGAAAUUCAGAAUCAUUGACACUAUGUCUAUGGCUACGUCGUUCACACUGUAGCGGAUAACUUUGCGUAAGGACGCGAAAAAACACCUACCCGUACGCUUUGGAAACGGAGUAUGUGUAUAAAUUAUUGAAACGGAAAGAUGUUGUUUCGCUCAGCUUCUGAAAGUUGUACGUUUCGUACAGUAUUGGAAAUUCCGUACAGUACAUUCCGUACAGUAUUCCGUUUGAUUCGAAUCGCCGGUAUUGGUCAUCGAUUAAAUAACUGCCCAAAUAACAAAAAGAAUAAGUAGUAACAUUUUAAAAAUCGUUAAAAAAGUUAAAUUUUCUCGGGGGGAGGGCACUUGCCAUCCUGGGUCGGAUUGGUUUAAAAAGGUAGUUAAAGAUUAAUUUUUUUGCGCAAUUUAUAACCAAUCAAACUUGUCGCGCAUUUUAGGCUUAACUAAUAUUUAACUAGGAACUCUCGAUUUCAGGAGUACAUCACUGGAAAGUCGAAGUCAGCCAUGCAGUACAAGACGCAGAAGAGUGUUUCCAAGAUCCAGAGGGCCCAACAUUUGAAGUUGGUGUCAUCGAAGUUGACGAAGAUUAUUCCGAAGCCACUAUCGAGGACGAAAUUACGAAGAAAUGGGUUUACUCUGGACCGGCGAAAAAGAUUACCAAUGUCUUGUUGAAUCUUGACAUGGAGAAAAAAUCCUUGUCAGCUUUUCCUGCAAGAAAAGGUUUGGUUGCUACGUCGAAGUUCAGUUUGCGACGCAAGGCGCUUCAUGUGAAUGCUGAUGUGGUGUUUCCUUUUUUCUCCGUGAACUGCCCGCACUACAGUCUUAUUGUACAUAUUGUAAAAUGA